AUGCCCUCCCAGUCGAUGAGCACUGUCUGCAAAGCACAGGUCAAUGUGUUUGACUCUCUCAGUCUCUCUGACACUCACUCCAAGACAUCACUGAUGGCUGAGUCCAACGAUACCGUUGACCACAGCGUCCAUGGAGACAAUGACACGAAGAUAAAGCUGCGUUCAAACGAAGGCGGCGUUUAUUCGUGCGGUUUGUCUGCGGCGAAGAUCUCAUCCCUCGUCAAAGACAUGUUGGAGACGGUGUCCGACGGCAAGGAAGAGCCCAUUCCUCUGCUCAACGAAGCCGUCACUGACGCGGCACUCCAGAAGAUUAUCUCAUGGCUGGAACACCAUUGGGACGAUCCGGCAGACGAUGAGGACUUCGAGGACGAGAAGGAGCGCCGCGAAGAAGAGUUGUCUCAUUGGGACAAAGAGUUCAUCGAUAUA